AUGACCAUGUCCGGCAAAGUGAAACUUGAACUCGUGCAAAGCCUGCCCACUUCCGGGGCUCGGGCGGCCGAGGUAUUCAGUAUCGAUGGAAUCCAAUAUUUGGCUAUUCCCCAGCUAGCCAUGGAUAUUCCCGGCGGUGCGAUAGGAAUAAACCAAGGGGACAGCGACAUAUCGCUCCUCAUCUACCAGGUCACCCGGAAUGGAUCCUUCUGCCUCCACCAGGAAUUACCCGUCCCCGGAGGAGAAGAUGCUGAAUUUUUCACGAUCGAUGGCCGUCAUUUCCUAGCAACCGCCAGUCUCCGCAGCGGCAAAGGACCCUACAAUAUGGACGUAGAGUCCACCAUCUUCGAGUGGAAGGGUCGUGUCUUCGAGCCCUUUCAGCGGAUCCCAACCUUUGCAGCCAAGCAAUGGCGAUAUUUCACGGUCUCCGGGCGUCACUUUUUGGCUCUUGCCCAGGGUGUGACCAUCCCCGGACUUGAGCCACACGUCAUCAGUGACUCGACCAUCUUUCAAUGGAACGGGUCGACGUUUACGCCGUUUCAGACCAUUCCUUCGAAAUGGGGCUACAACUGGCUUCAUUUUGUUCUCGAUGGGCAUAACUUUCUGGCCUACGCAGACCACGUGCAGCCCUCGGUGAUUUUGCGCUGGAAUGGAGAGACAUUUCUGCAUUUUCAGGAUUUGGAUGGUGUCGGCGGUCGCGCGUUUUCCUUCUUCACGACUACGAAUGGAACCGCGUAUUUGGCGUUUUCGCGCAUUUCAUCCAGCAGCCUUGUCUACCGCUGGAACGGUCAAUCCUUUCAUCUUCACCAAACCCUCGACGGAGAAGGCGGGCGUGAGUUUGCGCUCAUUAAGACCAAAGAUAACUCGUACCUGAUGCACGUCAAGUUCAUCACCGGAACUCCUCAUGAUCCCAAUCCCGUCCUAGAUGCCACCGUCUAUAAGGUCUGUGACGUGGGUCUCGAGGCGGCUGCCACCGUUCCCACGUUGGGAGCGACAGAUGUGACUGUAAUUCCAGAUACGGCAGAUGAACCCCGAAUCGUCGUCACUGAGAGCAUCACGGCCAAACAGAGUUUCCGCACCGAUACGCACGUCUACCGCUUCAAGAAUGAUUCAGUCAAGGCACUAGUGAAGGAAAAGGCCCCCUAUCAAUGUCCCGAGUUUCUCAAGCUAUUUACUGCGUAUACGGCAUCGCAGACAAGCAUCGGGGCCAAGCUCAGCGCAACCGUGACCGAAACAACUUCCUCUUACCCUUUACUCGUUGCUACCAGCUUUGAUAUGUUGCUCUUCCCGGGAAAUGGUCAGGAUCCCUCGUUCAUCAAUUUCCGGCUCGGUAACAGAGGCUUCAAGGAGCUGGCGGCUAUCUCUCAUCUGGGUCCUGCCAUGGGCUCCCUUGUCCAGAUAUACCAGUUAAGCAAAGGAUCAGCCGAAUGGAAAGUGUACGCCGAAAAUCUGCUCCAAGACACCCGAGAGGUGAGAAAAGUCAACUCGGAAACUCUGUGGCGUGACUUCAUACAAUGCGAGGCCUUCCAGAACCGCGAAGCUACCAUCGCAUCGAUGGUGGAAUAUGCCUGCAGUUUGACGGAGCGGUACCUAGAGCGAGCACUAGAGGAUCCCACCUUGUUGAACGCGGAGUUUCUACGAGACCAGUACCUCGAAGCCCGCGGCAACAAGCUUGGCGCCACCGUGCCUGUAAACGCGUUCAUGAUCGCCACCUUCUUCCUCGUGGGUCUCGACACUUCGUAUCGCAUGCGCAAGUGGUUUUCUCAGCAUCACCUAGUCUGGAAAAAGGCCAUGGUUUUGAUCACGGGCAAGCAAGGGCGCGACACUUCGGGCGUGACGAUUGGCACUAGUUCAGUGGCCCAGAUGAUCCUGCAGUCAUCCGAUCUUGGCGUCCCUCUGGAGAGGCUAUACAUCGCCCCCCAUGGACCUGUGCCGGCUAUCAAUGAAGUAACCACUCUCGAGUCGUUGCGCGAAUACGAACGCCAGUUUCGCCUGUCCUGGAACGCAUUGCAUGGCAUGGCCCAGCUCGGCGAGACGAUGUUCUCAGGCUAUCCCGCCUACAAACCGGAGCCCAAUUCUAGGCCAACAAUCGACAGUUCCACGAAGUUUGUGUCGGAACUUCCCAAAAUCGACAGUCCAGAUGACUGGCUCUCCAUGAUCACGCGCAUGAGGCUGGUGCUAGAAGAUUCCCGACAGCUUCUCUCGGGUUGCGUUACCGACUAUGCAGCGGAACAACUACGUCUUGCGAACAAUGACCUCUCGAAAGUCAGAGUGCCGGGCUUGGACGGGGUGGAUUACUCCCUGGGCCUGCAAUCGUACGUUCCAUCACGGGGACCGACGUCCUUUACCAUUGCAUCAUGUCCCUACCCGUUAUGUACUGAUCUGCCCGCAGCCAUUCAGACCUUUGACGUCCAUAAUGGACGACUUGCGUAUCGAAUCGGCGGUUCGCCAGGUGCACAGCCGAUUGUCUGGAUCCAUGGACUGCCGCUGGAUUCCCGAUCGUGGUCGGCGCAGUAUGAGCAUUUCGUAGGAAAGUUUUACAAUGUUUUUAUUGACCUCCGCGGCUACGGUGCGUCAUCAAAAUUGCCGAAGGACGCCUGCAAUGUCACGCAGAUCUACUGCGACGACCUUCUUGCCCUGAUGGAUCAUCUCAGCCUGCCCAAAGCUAGCAUUGUCGGCUUCGCCUCGGCAGGUCACGUCGCUUUGCGCUUUGCAGCCCAGCAUCCAACUCGGGUUACCGGUCUGGUGACUCUCAACGGCAGCCCACGGUUCAAGCGCAACGACACCGAUUACCCCGUUGGCUUUAGCGAUGCCCACAUCAACGACCAUUUUGUGGCCGCCGGCCGCUUGGGCGGCAUCAAGGGGCUCACAGACAAGGUCCUUGACCCCGCCGUGGUUUUCCAGGACCUGAGUACUGAAGACGCAGCCAAGGUUGCCAACUGGUUCCGAGAAAUGUCCUUCAAGGCUGGGGUCAACACCGUCCUCUGCUUCUUCCAGGAUAUCGCCAACGACGACGAUCGCGAGCUGAUGCCGCUCAUUACAGCGCCAACACUGUUGCUGUCGUCUUCGCUAGGCAAGGAGGUCCCCGCUCAGACGGCGUUGUAUCUUCGUCAACAGAUUCGGGAUGCCCGGCUGGUGGAGAUUCCAGAUGCGGAUCAUUUCUUUCAUGUUACGAGGCCUGUAGUGGUGAAUGAGCUGAUCAUGGGGUUUUUGAGCACUUUGUCUAAUACCCAGCACUGA